CUCUACCUGUUCGGCAGUUCAUCUGUCCGUGGGCCGUCUACCCAUCAAGACCAUCUCCAAUCUAUCCCUCCCUUGCUCGCACGCUUUGUCCAGCCGCCAGCUCAUCGCCUUUGCCCGCAAUGAUGUCAGGCGAACCCCUGCACGUGAAGACCCCCGUCCGUGACAGCAUGACCCUGUCCAAAGUGGCUGGCACCACCGUCUAUCUCAAGAUGGACAGUGCCCAGCCCUCCGGCUCCUUCAAGAUCCGGGGCAUCGGACACCUCUGCAAGACGUGGGCUGAGCGAGGCUGUGAACAUUUUGUCUGUUCCUCGGCAGGCAACGCAGGCAUGGCAGCUGCCUAUGCGGCCAGGAAGCUGGGCAUCCCCGCCACGAUCGUCGUGCCCAGCACCACGCCUGCCCUCACCAUCCAGCGGCUCAAGAAUGAGGGCGCCAUGGUCAAGGUGGUGGGUGAGACAUUGGAUGAGGCUGUCAGGGUGGCCAAGGCCCUGCCAAAAAACAACUCAGGCUGGAUCUACGUCCCUCCCUUUGACGACCCCCUCAUCUGGGAAGGCCACUCUUCUAUCGUGAAGGAGCUGAAGGAGACGAUGAGCACAAAGCCGGGGGCCAUCGUGCUGGCGGUGGGGGGUGGAGGCCUGCUGUGCGGAGUGGCCCAGGGGCUGGUGGAGGUGGGCUGGGGGGACGUGCCCAUCAUCACCAUGGAGACCAUCGGAGCCAACAGCUUCCACGCUUCCACCAAGGCCGGCAAGCUUGUCACCCUGCCCCAGAUUACCAGUGUUGCCAAAGCCCUGGGUGUGACCACUGUGACAGCACAGGCUAUGAAGGUGUUUCAGGAACACCCCAUUUUCUCUGAAGUUGUCUCGGACCAGGAGGCUGUGGCCGCUGUUGAGAAGUUUGUGGAUGACGAGAAGAUCCUGGUGGAGCCCGCCUGUGGGGCAGCCCUGGCUGCCAUCUACAGCAACGUGGUUCAGAAGCUGCAAGGAGAGGGGAAGCUCUGCACCCCACUGUCCUCCCUCGUGGUCAUCGUUUGUGGGGGCAGCAACAUCAGCCUGGCCCAGCUGCCGGCGCUCAAGAAACAGCUGGGCAUGAAGAGCGGGCUGCCCCAGUGAGGACGCCUCCCCCUACCCGGGAGACCCCUGGAAGGGCUGGAGUUUCAUCCAGUGACUUGUUGUUAAAUAUUAUUCUUGUGUCUGUUGGGAGCCUGUGGCCCGGGCCAGCCGGUAACCUCAUUCUCACGCGAACACUGUGUGGAGGGCCCGGAAGGGAAGCAGCCGGCAAGGCUGUGAACUGAACUCUUUGGUAUCUGUGUGACUGCUCUGUGGUCCCUCCCCGCCCCCCGCUCUUAUCCACCCCUGCUAGGGUGGCAACCGCCCACAUGGAAUAGACCUGGUACCCAGAGCAGGGUG